AUGUGCUCCAAAAUCGUUCAACAUCCAGAUUCUCAGAUCAACAAGCUGGCCAUCUCGCCCGACAAGAGGUUCUUGGCUGUUGCGGCAAAUCAGCACGUCAGGCUCUACGACUGUGCGAUCGGUGCGCCUGGCGGUAGCAGCGUUGGAGCGGGCGGAGCAGCUGGUGCGGCUGCUACGGGUGGUAGCGGCAACGCUGGCUUGAAUGCCGGAAGCAAUCCGGUGAGCUUCGCAACGGACGAGAAGAAUGCCAAGAGCGCAAGGCGUCAGCUUGCGCGGGUGUGAUAUCGGGCUGCGCCGCUGUCCAGCCUGGCCAGGUCACGUCGAGUCACUGCAAGGUCGGCCACUGCUGACGUGCUCCGCUGCUGCGUUGUCAGGUCGCGACCUUUGACGGUCAUGCGGGAAAUGUGACCUCUUUGGCAUGGCACUGCGAUGCAAAGUGGCUAGUGACGGGCUCAGAGGAUGGCACGUUGAAGAUCUGGGAUACGAGGUGAGGCCGUCAGAGGUGCGUGGUGUGCGCAUCACUUAUUGACACUCGUUGCGUCUGUAGGACUUCUCGACCACAACGAGUGUACGAUCAUCAUGCCCCGGUGAACGAUGUGGUCAUCCAUCCGAAUCAAGGGGAGCUUGUCAGCUGCGAUCAGGCAGGCAGCGUCAAAGUGUGGGAUCUGGGCGAGAAUGGCUGCAGUCACGAAUUGGUGAGGUAGCCUCUCGAUGCGCGAGUGGACGACGUUGGCUUUGUACUGAAGAUUGCAGACGUUGGGAUGAGCAGGUGCCGGAAGAGGAGGUCCCCAUCCGGUCGGUCACUAUAGCAUCUGAUGGCUCCUGUCUCGUAGCAGGCAACAACAAAGUAGGUACGGUCGUCAGGCCACGAUCAUGCUUUUCAUGGAUCUGAAGAGCUUUUGGUAUGCCUCACGACGCAGGGAAACGUCUAUGUCUGGCGCAUACAGUCGGGAUCAUCUGCAACCACCGCAGAUCCGAACAGCGCGACGCAGCUGGGAGGGGAUGAUGGCAGCAAUGGCAACACGCCCAACACGCCAGGGGGAGAGUUUACAGAUCUGCAGCCAGUCACCAAGUUCAGAGCGCACGACAAGUACUUGACCAGGUGUUUACUGAGCCCAGACGUGAGGUGAGUGCCUCGACGUUGACACGACCACUCGCUUGCUCUCCUGCUCACGCAUCGCGCAUGACAGGUACUUGGCAACCUGCUCAGCAGAUACCACUGUCAAAAUAUGGAGCACUUCCAGGUACGAAUUUGCGCUGGAAAAGACGCUCGUGGGCCAUCAAAGAUGGGUGUGGGACGCGGCUUUCAGUGCAGAUAGCGCCUACCUCGUCACUGGUGAGUGUCUGACGGCGUGAUGUGAUGUGAUGCUCUGCUCACGCUGGCUGACAGAAAGGAAGGAUCUCGAUGCAGCUUCUUCGGAUCAUGUAGCCAGACUAUGGGAAUUGGCGAGCGGAGAGACUGUGCGGCAGUACAAUGGGCACAAUAAAGCCGUCGUCUGCUGCGCUCUCAACGAUUCACAGCUGGAACAAUGA